GAGGGCACGGCCGGGGUAAGAGAAACAGCGGAACACUGAGGGCACGGCCGGGGUAAGAGAAACAGCGGAACACUGAGGGCACGGCCGGGAAAGGAUUCAGCCCCCGCAUUGAAAAGACCUGGAAGCAGGAGGGAUGACUCCUGCCCAGGAAAAUGUUUGCAGCCAUGUCAAAGUGGUGGUCCGUGUGCGCCCUGAGAACGACAAAGAAAGGCAGGGCAACUUCAGGAGAGUGGUUCGUGUCAUCGACCAGCACAUGCUGGUCUUUGACCCAGAGGAGGAGGAAGUCGGCUUCUUCAGCAGAAGGAGAGUGACCCAGAGGGAUGUUAACAGAAGGCAAAGGAAAGAUCUGAAGUUCAUGUUUGAUACUGUUUUUGAUGGCAGCUCAUCCCAGCUGGAAGUUUUUGAGCACACUACUAAAAAUGUCAUUGAAGGCUUCUUAAAUGGGUAUAACUGUACAGUGCUUGCAUAUGGUGCAACAGGAGCUGGAAAGACUCAUACAAUGUUAGGUUCUCCUGAAGACCCUGGAGUCAUGUAUUUAACUAUGGUGACACUUUAUAAACGCAUGGAUCAAAUCAAAGAUGAUAAAAUAUGUGACGUCGCUGUCUCUUAUUUAGAGGUUUACAAUGAACAGAUUCGUGAUCUGCUGGUCAACUCUGGACCUCUGGCUGUUCGUGAGGAUGGCCAGCAAGGGGUGGUAGUUCAAGGUCUGACAUUGCAUCAGCCUAAAUCAGCAGAGGAAAUCCUUCAGAUGUUGGAUCAUGGAAACAGAAAUAGGACCCAGCAUCCCACAGAUCUGAACGCCUCCUCUUCCCGGUCCCAUGCUGUCUUUCAGAUUUACCUACGGCAGCAAGAUAAAACAGCUAGUAUUAAUCAAAAUGUUCGUAUUGCCAAAAUGUCUCUGAUUGACCUGGCAGGGUCUGAACGUGCCAAAGCAACCAGUGCCAGGGGGGCUCGCUUUGUGGAAGGAACAAAUAUUAACAGGUCCCUGCUUGCUCUUGGAAAUGUCAUUAAUGCCCUGGCAGAUCCUAAGAGCAAGGUGCACAUUCCUUAUCGGAACAGCAAGCUUACUCGUUUAUUGAAGGAUUCUCUUGGAGGAAAUUGCAGAACAAUAAUGAUAGCUGCUAUUAGCCCAUCUUCCAUGUUCUAUGAUGAUACCUAUAACACUCUGAAGUAUGCAAACCGAGCAAAGGAUAUCAAGUCUUCUUUGAAGAGCAACGUUGUUAGUUUGAGCAGUCACGUAAGCCACUAUGCUGAAAUUUGCAAGGAACAACAGAAAGAGAUCCUAAUGUUGAAGGAGAAACUGAGAGAAUAUGAAGAAAAGCAAGCAAGCAUUCCUGAAAUUCGUAAUACAGCAGAACUUUCAAAGAACCAGCAAGUGGAAAUAGAAAGGUACAAGGAAAUACUUAAAAAUAUUUUUGCAAAACGUGUGGAAAUCAGAAAAGAGUACCUCAAAGUGGAAAAGAAACUGAAAGAAAAUACACUAAAGAAAUAUUAUCAGAAUCAAUGUCAUGAACAAAUUCAACUGAUAUGCUGCUCUGAAGAAAAAGUAGUAAAGGCCACUUGCAAACGGGAUCUAAGGCUGUCAGAACUUAACUGCCACUAUGUACGCAUGCAAAAGAAAAGAGAAGAGCAGAGCAAACUUUUUGAGGAAAACACCAAGUGGCUGCACCGUGUUGAAAAUGAAAUGCGCCUCCUGGGUCCAGAUGGGUGCAUCCCAAAAGAACUUUGUCAAGAUCUGCAAUAUUACCAUUUAAACCUGGAAGCUGAGGCACUUAAAGCCCAGAUUGGACACAUGCUGACCCUGGUGUCCCUUCAAGAUCGGUAUAAUAAGCAAACAGAAAAAGUACUAAAUACUGCACUUCCAGUGCUUCACAAGCAACACCUGAUGUUAAAAGAAGCUGGGUUGACAAAUGACUUAAGUGAGACUGAAUAUGUAGAGGUUGAGCAGCUGAUUCAAAGACAAAAAUCAGUAGCUUGGGCUGACCAGAUUGAAGAAAAGAAUCAAAAUCAAAACCGUGAAGUAGAAAUGUCAGCUAUCUUUACAUUCUCACAGCUUGUGAGCAGACCGAAUACCCCAUGCAGCACCCCUUUGGGUACACCAUCACAAGAAAUGAAUAACAAUCCCCAGCAGGUGUUAGAACACACAGAACCACCGCAGAAGAGAACGAGGAGGAAGCUGAUGGACUCUCCCCCACUAGCCCCAAGUCCACCUGCCUCCAGCCACUGCAGCCUACAGCACCUGGAGGAUUCUCUGGCCAAGGAGGUGUACCCUCUAGCUGAUACUCCAGACUCCUGCAGAAAGCCAGCGCACAGCUUGUGUGCUCAGCCCGUGGUGAAGGAGGCUUUGCACCUGGCAGGCCUGCGGGUACUCAGUGCCUGCAGGGCAGACGUGCCAGGCAGGAAGGGCAGCAUCAUGGACACCACGUGUGACGUGAUCCCAGAGAGCCACGAAGCUCUCAUGAACUCCACUGUCAUUCUCUAUGAAGGUGCAGAGGAAACAGCUGAAAUGUCUGCUUACUCAUCUGUGAAGGAGUCACAGCCAUGCACCAGCAGCAUUGUGCAAAGAAACAAAAAUUCUGCUCCCGUACUUGAGAAGCCUUCAUAUAUGGCAAUGACUUCCGCUGCUCAGAGAAAAAGAAAGAUACUUAGCUCCACCUCGAACACGGUGCAGGGCAGCCUGCAGGCCCCGGACGCUGCCAAGCGCUCCCGGCAGGACGUGCUGCUGAGCCACGCCGCCCUGAGAGUGCCCCAGGGGGCUGGAGUCAGAAUGAUGACCAGGAAGCAAGACCAGAAUAUGCCAAGGAACUUCAUUAGAAACCUUUCUCAAGGAAAUGUCCCACCAGAUGUUAAAUCAAGGACAUCAAAAAAUCUUUGUGUUUCCAAGGGAAAAAAAUAAGGUUUAGUUUUGAGUUCAUCCCUAUUUCAAGCAGGAUUGACGGAUAGCAAAUGUGAAUAGUGUGAAUUGUGAUUUCCUCUUGUAAGUAGUUUUGAGAGUUUCAGGACGGAAAUAUUACAAAAGUUGUUUUGACCCCCUAAAUUAUUUUCAUUGGAGUAGCUUCCUUGUGUUUAAGUAGAUUUUCAUUCAGAAGCAAGUUAGGCAGAUGCUAAUAUUAGAACAUAUUCAUGCUUAGCAUUACAAUGCCUUAGAUGUUCUUAGAUUGUUAGCAUCUCUGGAUGACGUGCGGAGUUCCAAGAGACAGAAAAAUAUUUCCAAAAGUGGGGUUUUUUCCUUUUUGUUUUUGUCUGAUUUUCAGUCUGUUACUUGGUUGUAAAUGUUCCUGUUCUGUUUUUUCAAUUUAAUUCAAAUACAUUUUUUAUUAAUUACUUCCAAUAAAGUUUGAUAUUUUUA